AUGUUGGAAAACGUUAACGAUGUAUCAAUCACUACGGAUAUGUGGACAUCAGAUUCCACUAGGUCGUACAUAACUGUAACUUGCCAUUUUAUAUUUAAUGAUUGUUUGUAUUCACCAGUUCUUGCGACUGAAGAAGUUAAAGAAUGUCAUACCGGGGAAAACAUUGCUUCGGCACUUUCAAACAUAUUUAAUGAGUGGAAUAUUUCAAAUAAAAUUGUAACUAUAGUUUCGGACAAUGGUGCAAAUAUAAAACAUGCUAUAAAUGAUCACCUCCUAAAAUAUCACCACCCUUGUGUAGCACAUACUUUGAAUUUAAGUGUGAAUGAAUCUAUUAAUCAAAAUACAGAGUUUCUCAGGGUGCUAAAAAUAUGUCGAGCUAUAGUGGGUCAUUUUAAACAUAGUAAUCUUGCAACAGAAAAAUUAAAAGAAUUUCAGAAACAAAUGGGUCUUCCCGAGUUGAAAGUGAAACAAGACGUUAGCACUCGGUGGAACUCAAGUUUAAAUAUGAUAGAAAGGCUCAUCCAAAUUAAAAAUCCUUUAUAUGCAGCAAUGUCAUCGCUUCGAUGA